AAGCCCUUCCCGUCGUCCGACUCCCGGUUUCACUUUCACUCCGGACUCACGCCAACGUCCGUCUCUCUGCUCCAGCCACCACCGCCACCGGCAGCAGCAUGACUCGGGUCAGUCCCCGUCUCAGGCGUCUCCUCCUCAUCAUCAACAUCUUCUUCGCGACCGCGGGCGGACUCGCCGUCGUCGUCUCUCUGGCCCUGCUGUCUCCGUCCCCGGAGGGUUCGCGCGAGGUUGAGGUCCCGACAACCGGCCACAUCGUCCUCUACGUCGUGGGCUCGGUCACCGUGGUGGUCGCCAUCCUGGGAGUCUACGGGGCCCAGAAGGAGAACCUGCUGGCUCUGACUGUGUUCCUGGUCUGUAUGGUGGUUGGGGGUCUGCUGAUGCUGAGAGCUGGAGUCCCUGCCGCUGCCGCCCGUCCACAGGUGAAGGCCCCGCCGGCGCUCUACUCUGGUUUCCACGUUGGGGAGUCUGAUGGAGGAAAGGUGGCGUUCACUUCUACCCCUGGACCAGGCUUCAGACGACAUCAAGAAGUGGGCCGAAGGUCUGCAGGAAUCACUGCACUGCUGCGGCCUGUUCAGCUACAAGGACUGGGAGGACAGCGUCCCCGCCUCCUGCCAGUGCAGCCCGGACGAGGAGACGGGGAGGUGUCAGACCGUCAGCUACAGACCCUGCUCUCCCCUCAUCAUGGCGUGCUGGGCCUGGUGCUGUCCUCGCUGAUGAUCUACCAGAUGAUCAACGCCGCCGACGGGCCCAGCGCGCCGCUGUCGGUGCCGGUGACGUUCUCCAACCAGCCGCCUGCCUACCACCAGCUGCGCAACCUGCCGGAGGGUCACGGCAGCCAGCAUCGGUUUCGUUUCACCACCGCCGCUCGGGGGGCGGGUUGGCCGGGACCGCACCGGUGCUCUGACCCGCGUGUGCCCAUCGGACCGGCCGCCGAAGGUGGAGGUAGCCCCAACCGCCUGGUCGGGCACCUGCUCGGCCGCAGAGCCGCCGGAGGUGUCGCGUCGACGUCCCGCGGCACAGCAGGGCGACGCGCGGGCCUCCGGAAGACGGCGGACUGUCAGUUUGACCCACUCUUCGUCUCCGCUUAUGACAGUUUAGCAAGAAUGUACGGGAAGUCGGAGAAGCCUGGUCGGAGCUUCCCGGGAUUCAAACCGACGAGAAAAACCGAGCGGAUUGUUGCGGCCGUAUUUUCGCCUGGAAACAUGUCUGGGGUCAACACCACCCUCAAAAGGGUCUUCACCAUCUUCAACAUCAUCUUCGCGAUUGUCGGUGGAGUCAUCAUCACGCUCACUCUGCUGUCCCAGGUCCUCAGCAGCGAUAAUGGAGGAGAAAACCUGAAAGGUCGGACCACAGCCCUCGUCGUCUUCAACAUCAUAGGUUUCGCCAUCCUGAUAAUCGCCACGCUGGGAGCCUACGGAGCCCACAAGGAGAGCAAGGUGUCCCUGAUCAUAUUCCUGGUCUGCAUGGCGAUCGGAGGUGUGCUGAUGCUGCGAGCCGGAGUCUCUGCCGUCGUCGUCCGCCCGCAGCUGAAGGGCACACUGGACGAGGAGUUUCGUUCCCUUCUGCCUCUGGACAAAGCUCCCGGUGAGGUGCAGAAAAUUGUUAAAAACCUGCAGAUGCAGCUGCGCUGCUGCGGUAUGUUCAGCUACACUGACUGGGAGGACAACAUCCCCGACUCCUGCCUGUGCGGCCCGGUGGAGGAGGAGGAGGACAAGUGCCAGAUAGUCAACUACAGGAGUUUCAUGCAGACGCGCGUCUACACCAAGACCUGCGCCCCCAUCCUCACAAGCUACUUCCUGCUGGUGGCGGACAUCGUUAUCGGCAUCGUCUUCACCCUGGCCGUGCUGGCGCUGCUGGGCCUGAUUCUGUCCUGCACCAUGAUCCGCCAGAUGCGCAACCCCGCGAGACCCACCGUCUUGAUGGACAUCUCCACCAUCUUCACCGCGCCGCCGCCAAAAUACCAGGAGCUGCACAACCCUCCAAGCUACUGAGGGAACAGCACCACCUUCCUCUGCUGUUGUUCGCUUGUUGCACAGGGUCGGGAAGUCCUGUUGUUUGUGUGUCUUUCUUGAAUCUUCCAUCAGAGGAGUGCGAGUCCAACGUGCCUCACGUCUCUGAGGAGCUGCGACUGUUGGCGCCAUUGAAAUAAGUGGAAAAUGAUGGUUUGAAGAGCCACAGCGUGAAACACCACUGGCUUUAAAAAAAAAAGGGGGGGGGGGGCUGCUUUGAAAUUAUCUGCAAAACGAUUCUUCUUUUAAAAUGUUUUUUUUCUGUCAGAACCUUGAGUUUAUGUUUUAUAAAUGUUUUUUCCUGUUUUUCUACUCACCACAAGAUAAUUCAUUCAUGUCACUCUCCAUUAAAACGUUAGAGAAAAUAGAAAAAUUAAGCUUCUGGUUUGCAAAGUCGCAAAAUUAAAAGGUCAGACGCUUGGGGACUUUAAUCUAAAGCACGUCUUUUUUUUUCAAACCACUAAUCCUUUGUAAUUCUAUUAAAAACGCUACCGUAAGUGCCAGAAGCACCGAAAUAAACCUCGGUAGCUGCAACAGUUGCAGUUUUAUAAAGUUAUUUUUGACGGCGAAAAACCGCUCGACUUAAAAUCCACCACUGGUUCGGUUGCAGGAGACGUCGCGCUUGCCUCAGUUACUUUGUUUUUCUAUAUCCUACGCUCCUCGUCAGUGAAUGUGACCGUGGGUCCUGACCUUCCUGUUAGUGCCUCCGCCUGCGUGAAACAUGCCGUUAGAAUCGCUGGCCGAAGCGUCGACGGAGCUUUGCGGGCGAAAAUCAAAAGCACGUCCAGCUGUUUACAUUCAGGAGACUUUAGAAUUGUUCUUCUAUAAUGAAACGUAAGGGGGAAAAAAAAAAAAACAAACAGAAGUACAGGUUAAAAAAAUGGAUAUU